UGAGCCGGGCCUGCAGAGGAUCCCUGUCUGCCCCGUGAACGAGGCGACAAAAUAAUAUCACGUGAUCCAAAAUGGGCAGUCCUCUGACGGUGCUGAAAAAAGCCAUUUUCUGGCGCUGCUGCAAAUUCUGCCCAAGUCCAAAUAAUUUACCUGGAUCCUGGCUGGGAGGAGAGGCAAACUUUGAUGUGUGAUCAGAUCUGUCCAGAUGGAUAAAAUGCAGCCCAACCGGAUUAAAAUCACAGAUCUGAACUCACACCUCACAUGCCCACUAUGCGCUGGUUACUUAAUUGAUGCCACAACCAUCGUAGAGUGCCUGCACUCCUUUUGUAAAACUUGCAUUGUUGCAUUCCUGGAGACAAAUAAGUUCUGCCCUCGAUGUGACGUUCAGGUUCACAAGACAUGUCCUCAGCUCAGCAUCAGAGCAGACAAAACUCUACAAGAUAUUGUUUAUAAGCUUGUUCCGGGUUUAUUCAAAGAUGAGAUGAAACGGAGGCGGGACUUCUACGCAGAGAACCGUGUGCUGGAACCAGGGGAAGUGGUGGAGACGUUCAACAUAGCAGAGGAUGAAAUCAUCAGUCUGUCCAUACAGUUCUACGAGAGGAACAAAAAUAAUGAGAGGCAGCAUUCAGAGCUGGAAGGAGACAAGUCCAACGGUAAACGCUUCCUGCAGUGCCCAGCAGCCAUGUCCGUCAUGCACUUAGCGAAGUUCCUCCGAAGCAAGAUGGAUAUUCCCAACAACUACCGGGUGGAGGUGCUGUAUGGAGAUGAGCCCUUGAAGGAUUACUACACACUAAUGGACAUCGCCUACUUCUACGAGUGGAGACGAACUGGACCCAUCCCCCUGCAGUAUCUGGUGAAACCCACCCGGAAGCGCAGGAGGCCGUCCCAGUCGGCGGCGCAGGGCCACUCUGACGGCGUCAACACCAGCCCCACAUCAGAGAGCGACUCCCACAGCGACAAGGUUCACAGUCCCACCACGGCCCAGCCCCCCCGAGCCUCCUCCCAGUCCAGCCCCGUGUCCCACAACCUGUCCCCCGCCAUCCAAAGCUCCAACGGUACCACCGUGCCCAACAACACUCAGCGACACACCCUUGCUUCAAAACAGGGCGCCAACGCUCGGAAGGUGACUGUCAACGGCACGAGCUCCGGGACCAAAGAGGAGGCGAGGGGGGGGGACAAAAGCGGUAUGCCUCCGACGACCUAACGAGUUUACAGACCCGCAGGGAGGACAGUGUUGGAAUUGCUCCCGUCUUUCUUUCUACAGGGCGAACAGACACGCCUUCUGGAGGAACAGAAGGUUAAUGCUUCAGCAAGAGGGACUGAAAAGUGCAGCCAAAUAGAUGUGUGUGUGUGUGUGUGUGUGUGUGUGUGUGUGUGUGUGUGUGUGUGUGUGUGUGUGUGUGUGUGUGUGUGUGUGUGUGUGUGUGUGUGUGUGUGUGUGUGUGUGUGUGUGUGUGUGUGUGUGUGUGUGUGUGUGUGUGUGUGUUUAUGUGUGUUAGACUAGACUGGUGCACACAUACAAACUGUACAGUAUGUAUCAAACGUGAGCAUGUGUGCAUACAUAUGUAUAAACUUAUCUUUUAUACAAGAUAUUGUAAUCGUUUUGUAUUGUAUAUGCAGUGGGUCUGUUUCAUUUUCAUACUGUAGUUCCAUCGUUGAUUUGACUCUGUGAAACACUGAGUCACUGCAGACGUGUGAUGUAAAGAAGUAAAAAAAGAAGAAGCUAAUCCUCGCCUUUUUGAACAGUCAUGUUAAUAACUGCUGUAUAGCGUGUCCACAGUAAGCAGCUGCUCAUCAGGUAACACAGGUACAUUACAUUAAAACUGCCCAUGCACUUUGUUAACGUCACUUCACAAAACCUGAAGUAUUUUCCAGCAGGAGAAGCUUUUCUAUUUACACAAGUCCAAGCACUACCACGCUCACAGGCGGGUGUCUGUCAGCAGGCCAUGUUCUCUCUCAUGGCAUCGAACAACUCAAAAGGGAUUUGAAUAUUUGGCCAUGUAUGUUGUAGUUCCAUUCAUUUCAACAUUCCUUUUGUUUCUUUUCAACAAACGAUGAUUUUUUUAUCAGCCAUAUGUGCAUGUUUUAGGUCAAUAAAAUGUUUACUUACUAGGU